AUGCUCGAUAGCUUGCCAACACCCACAAAUAACCUUGCGGAGCUUGCGAAAGAGGAGAAAAGCUUCACAUUUGCUCAUUUUACUUGCGAACAUGCCUGGGUCAUAGGAAAUAUCCUCCGCAACGCACUCCGGACUGCCGAAUGCCCCGCUAUCAUCCAUAUCGCGCUUGCAAAUCAGACGCUAUUCCAUGCGCCCAGUUUACCUGGCAUAAUGCCCGACCAUGAGACGUGGGCGCAGCGGAAGCGCAACACGGUGUUGAGAUGGGGACAUAGUACAUGGUUCAUGAACUGCCAGUUCGAUGGAGACUACAAAACAUUUGCGGAACAUCAUGCCAUGAGUGGGGAGGAAUGGACAAAAUACACAGUUGAGGGAGGAGGGUUUCCGGUGUUUGUUAAGGGCGUGGAGGGAGUGGUGGGCGCAAUAGUUGUGGCGGGACUGGACGGGUUAGAGGGGGCCAAGGCGCACGUGGUUAUUGUGAAGGCGGUGGAAGAGUACAAAGAUUUGAGGGAAGGUUUCAAGAGUCCCAUGAGGAGUAUGACACUUAAAUAA